AUGUUUAUUUUGCAUCUUGUGUUUGGUUUAUGCACCACGUCUCUUGAGAGGGCCCUACUAGAACAGGGAGAUAUGGAGAGAGCCAUCCAUCUCUGUGAGGCAAGGGAAGGGCCUCUGGACUACUUCUACAGCUACUUUGUCAAGAAGGUGUUUAUGGGAAAGCCCGAAGAAGCUCUUCUUGACAUAGCUGGGUCAGACAACUACAAGGAUGCCAGGAAUAUUGUUCUUGGGAUGAUGUCGAUAGAGUCGGGCAGCACAAACGAAAAGGCAAAGCUUGGUGCAGAUCUGCUCUGGAGUGUGGCAGUGAGGGUUUCUAGAAAGUAUCUAAAGAACCCCCACGUGUUUCUUUCUGCAGAUGCCUUUGAGAGGCUUGAGAAGAACUUCCUGACAAAAAGAGGAAUUGAAAACAUAGUUACGAUGGUUUACUCUGGGGAUGAUGUGUCUGCAAGAUUCUUCUUGUCACUACUGGACAACCGUAAGAUAUACAUUGGAGACCACGUCGACGUGAUAGAGUUUCUUGCAAAGAAUGGAUAUGCAAGGGCAUUUGGGUACCUUGGGGAGAUAUACUAUCACGGGAUUGGGGUGAAAAGGUCUCUGGACCAAGCCAUGUAUUUUUUUUCGAGAGGCAGGGAAAUGCAAGACACGGUGGGAGCAUGCGGCGUGGGAAAGGUACUGAUGUCGAACGAGUAUAGGGAUUACAAGAAUGCAAAGUCUGCUCUAUCGUUGGCAAACAGGCUUGGGCAGUCUGGAGAGGCCGAAUAUCUGAUGUAUCUACUCAUGAGCCGAAAACCGGAGAACAUGCAUCGAGCUGUUCCCCACAUGGAUUCUGCGCUCAUGUAUGGGUAUCUUCCUGCGAUAUGCAAAGAUGGGAUUAACUACUACAUAAACGGGCAAUAUGCCAAUGCCUGCAUCCGAUUCCAUCCGAUCAUGGACUACACCGACAUCGUAUACGGCCUAAGAAAAAGGGCCGAGGCAAGCUUUAUAUCUCGGGAAUACAGGCAGUGUGCGAUAGCACUUCUCAUGUGUGUGGAGCUCGGGUCCGUCUCCUCGAUAAGAAAUGCAAUAUAUGUCCUUCGAAGGCACUCGGUUUUCAAAAGGCAAGAGGAAAUACUUUUUGAGCUGUAUAUGAAACUCCUUAGGAAAGGAGAUCAGGACGUCAUGAACAGGAUAGGCGAUGCCUACUUCUAUGGCACCGGGGUUGAAAGGUCGCAUGAAGAUGCAUUUGCGUUCUACAUAUCUGCAUCUCUUGCCCGGGAUCCCGAAGGAUGCUACAACGUCAGUUACAUGUACGAGCAUGGAUACGGGGUAAGGAAGAGCUUUCUGCUUGCCUACAAGUACAUCCUCAAGAUUAGUCCCACGGACGACAUGUAUCUCCUUCUCCUGUAUACACACAUUAGACUUUUCUCGAAGCUCGCUGCACACAUUUUGCUUAACAAGUACUCGAUCUCGGUGUGUAUAGGAGCAUUGGCAAUAAGAAGAAUGUAUAUUUCCAAGAAAACAGCAUCGAACGAGCCAAGGGACCGGAAGAGUUGA